AUGUCGAAAGAAACAGCGUCUAUGAGAGAAAUACAACACAACCGACAACUCAUUAUGCAAGCUCUAAAUAAGAACACAACAAACUUUUCAAACUAUUCUAAGAUAUCUGAGUCAUUGAAAGAAGGAAACUUAAAACUGACAUUAAACCCAAUGACAGAUGAGUUUCUAUUUCAAGACAAUAAGAACCAUACUGUCUGUAUAAAUCCAACAAAAGGAACUUUAAACGAGAAACCUAUAAAUGAACUUCUUUUGAAAGCAGAUGUUGACAACAAAGCUGACAAAACAUAUGUAGACGAUGCAAUAGCAAAAGAAGAAGAAAGAGCUAACAAAGCUUAUGCAACGAAAGAACAUACUCAUCCUGAACUAGCAGACAAAACAUAUGUUGACAAUAAAAUGUCAAGUGAAGUGACAAGAGCUGAAAACGAAUAUUCUAAAAAGACUCAUACACAUUCUAUAUCUGAAAUAACAGACUUACAAGAAACAUUAGAGACAAAAGCAGAUAAGGGAUGGGUGGCUAGUGUGUUAGUGAAGAAGGCGGAUAAGGAAUAUGUGGAUGAAAAAGAUAACGAAAUUAUAGAAAGGGUUGAAUGGUACCAUGAACGGACAUCGAAGAUUUUAAAAGGUAAAGCCAAUACAGGAUGGGUUUCAGGAUGUUUAGACCUUAAAGCAGAUAAAACUUAUGUUAACGAUGAGUUAGAGAAGAAAGCAAAUAAGACUCAUACACAUACCAUUGCAAAUAUUGCAAACUUACAAGAAACCUUAAACAGGAAAAGUGACGUUGGACAUACACAUACAUCUUCUGAAAUAACAGACUUAAACGUUAGCCUUGACAAGAAAGCAGACAAAACAGAGCUUCAAACAUUAAAGACAGAAAUACUUCAAACAUUAUAUCCUAUAGGCUCUAUUUAUACGUCAAUGAACUCUACCAGACCAGAAACAGUUCUGGGUUUUGGAACUUGGACUCAAAUAGUCGACAGGUUUUUGUAUUGUGCAAACUCUUCAAAGGAAACAGGUGGAAGUAAAACGAUUUCAGGUGAAAAUUUACCUGCACACAGUCACUACAUAGAUUUAAGUACAUCUCAAGCAGGUUGGCAUAAGCAUAGAUAUUGGGAUUGGUCAGCAAUGACAAAAGGUAAAGGAUAUGAUGUUAAAGACAACGUUAAGUUUGCUAUAAAUUGUUACUGGAGUAACACUGAGGGAGGAGGAAACCAUACACAUCGCGUUUCAGGGUAUACGCAAACAACGGGACAAAGUAAAGACUACAUGCCACCUUACAUGACAGUUUACGCAUGGUAUAGAAAUGCUUAG